AUGUCGUCCUACUACCCCGCCAGCCAGAAAGACGCACCUUCGUGGGACUCAUUCGACACCAUCGAGGAUGAGACGCUCGAUGUCGCCGAGGAUCACAUCCUCUUCGUCAUCGAUGCCUCCGAGUCUAUGCACAAGCCUUUGCCCGACGAGGAGAAUGAAGCCGGCAUUAUCAGAGGCAAGAGUCCACUCCACCAGGCCCUCGAGUCUGUCUGCAACAUUGAGCGCAACAAGGUGACCACGGGACCUUCCGACAGCGUUGGACUCGUGUUUUACAAUGUCGACGAUCCUACUAGCGGCGCGUCUCAGGGGAAGGCGGGAAGUGGUAUUCUCAAGUUUCAGCAACUCCGUCAGAUCAGCGCCGAAGACAUCAAGCGCAUCUACAGGAUCGUCCAGCAGGCGAAUGCGCAGUACGACGAGCAGACCGAGUCUGACGAGGAAACGGUUGAGCCAGCGAUCCUGCGCGAGUUGUGCCCUCCGCGACCAGCCAACGACGAGGUCAACAUUGCGAACGUUUUCACUGACUGCAACCAUGUGUUCCGUGACGGCAAACUCGUCGGUAACAAGCGCAUCUUCCUCAUCACCGACGACGACGAGCCGCAGGGUAGUCUGGGUAACCGCCAGCCCGCGAGGACAACUUACAACGUGAGGCUACCCCUCCCCAGCCUUCAGUUGACGUCAGGAUCUCCUCACUUCGGGUGUGAAUGUCAACACCUACUUUGUUGGCCGACCGGAAAAGCCCUUCGACCAGCAGAUCUACUGGAACACGAGCAGUUUGCCAGAGAGAUUCCAGCUGCCUCAGACGGUCUUUCUGAGCUGGCAGAUAUCAUCUCAGAGCUGGUUAUCCGCCAGGCGCCGAAACGCAAGCAGUUCAGCAUCCCUUUGAAGUUUGGAGGUCGCGAUGGUGAUAUUGAGAUUGGAAACAAGGGGCAGCCAAAACUCGUUCACAUGCAGGGAGAGACUGUCGAGGAGGUGCAAACCAAAACGGAAUACACUGCGGCUUUCGGCAAGGAGGCGACGAUUCCGAACGUGCUGGAGAAGAAUUACUGGGAGAAGGACGGAGACGUCAAGGCCGCUCCUUCGCAGAUGGACGUUGACGGAAGUGCCGACCAGCAGCCAAAGGUCGUUGCUCGGACAAGAGUGAGUAAUAAUUCCGGCUCCUCGCUCACCACAGGUUCAAUUCAGUUCCAACCAAUGCCGUUUGCUAACCUAGCAGAGAUCCGCAUUCUCGGGUUCCAGUCACCGGAACGCUGCCGCCUCGAGGACAACGUUGCGCACGCGUACUUCAUCUACCCCGACGAAACGAACUACACGGGGAGCACGCGAACUUUCACGGCGCUCCUGAACUCCUGCCUCAAGCUGAACCGCCACGCCUUGGCAAUCGCUCGUCUACGGGCCAACAGCCCACCUGAGUUUGUCCUUCUCAUCCCGCAAGCCGAGACCUUCGCGAAGGGGGGCGGCCAAGAGGACCCGCCAGGCUUCCACGUUAUCCGACUUCCGUUCGUCGACGACAUCCGCGACCCGCCACGCGGCAUGACGGAGAAUAUUGUCGCGACGGACGAAGAGGUCAUGGCGAUGGAGAAGAUCAUCCGCCGCCUCCGCUUCAAGUCGGGCAAGUAUGCUUCGGACGCGUACCAGAACCCAGCGCUGCAGUAUCACCAGCGCCAGCUCGAGGCGCUCGCGUUCGAGGAGGACUUUGACACGGCCAUGUUCGAGGAUGUCGCGCUGCCUAAGUACGCAGGCGUACACAAGCAGGCCGGAAAGCUCAUGGCCGAGUGGAAGCGGCUCGUUGACGAGGAUGACCGCGCGUUGGAGAACCUCACGGUCAAGUCGGGCACGAAGCGUGGGGCUGCUGCUCCUGCAGCUGCGGCAUACGCCGUCGCAGACGUGGUCGACGCUUUCAAAGCGGGCAAGCUGGAGAGGGUGCGCGUCGCCGACCUUCGCGAGUACGCAAAGUAUCACAAAGGUCUCCCGCUCACGAAGCUACUGAAGAAGGACCUCAUCGAUCUCGUCAAGCCCCACCUCCAGGGCGCAGGGAAGAAGGCGAAAGUCUGA